AUGUCGUUUGGUUCAUCUCUGUUGUGUCCUCUGUCUGUUUCAUUUUUCUCCAAGGUCAAAUCUUCCAACACCCCAAAUAAAACCUGGUUGACUUCUCGCUUCAAGGCUUCUGCUGAGGUCCCCGAUUUUCUGUCUGCUAAUUGGCUUGAAUCUCGCAAGAAAAGGCCUUUUGGCCCAAGAUUAGAUUUCAAUGCAGAAGAAGCUGUACAUUACCAGCUAGAAGCAUUGAAAUACAAUGACCAACCCCAUCAAGAUUAUGGGAUUGAGGUUAUGUACAGGUUCGCUGGAUUUGAUCCGUUUGAAAGAUCAACCUAUUUUGGACCAUUUUUUGAUUUGGGCCAGUUCGAAAGGUUUAGGCGUAUUUUUCACCAUUCAACCUAUCGAGUGCUACUAGGUCACAAGGAAAGAAAGAUUUUGAGCAGUUUGUUUGUGGAGGAGAAUAAAUAUAAGCAGCGUGUUUGGAUCCGAGGAAAUCGACCAGAGGAAGAGGAGAUAUUUCAAUUUACCAUGGUGCAGAGAGUUGGUGGUUGCUGGGAUGGUUAUUGGUUGACAGAGUCUCUACUUCAUGAUAGCGAUACAUUUGCUGGUGGGUUGGCGUAUUGAAAAACUUGCAAGGAUCAACUUUUCAUGUGGCCUCGUGUCCAAGCAAGAUCUGCUACGAGUCUAUUAGUUAUCUCUGUAAAAUUUGUACAUAAGCAAUACAUCCAGCUAGUAAUGGGGGUUAUAGCUUGCCUCCAGAUACAAAUUUGACUUUGGCAGGCUUCUACGGGCUUGUGUGUGCACAAACACGCACAUGUAUGUACGUAUAUUUACGCCCAACCCACUUAUUCUACAUUUACCUAAUUUAAUUGUCCGUCUCGUUCCUUUGUCA